GCUACUCAGAGAGGUAGCAGUGUUGGUGAUGCUGGGGGUGCUGCAGAUAGAGUUCUCAAUCAACUUUUGACAGAGAUGGAUGGAAUGUCUGCGAAGAAAACCGUCUUCAUUAUUGGUGCUACCAACAGACCUGACAUCAUAGAUCCCGCAUUGCUCAGGCCAGGGCGUCUUGAUCAGUUAAUUUAUAUUCCACUUCCAGAUGAUGCUUCUCGUCACCAGAUUUUUAAAGCUUGUCUAAGGAAGUCCCCUGUAUCCAAAGAUGUUGACAUAUGGGCCCUUGCUAAGUAUACCCAGGGCUUCAGUGGUGCAGAUAUUACCGAGAUUUGCCAGCGUGCUUGUAAAUAUGCCAUCAGGGAAAAUAUUGAGAAGGACAUCGAGAGGGAG